AUCACAACAUGACGAAGCUAAUAAACAUAUUUUUAGUGUUCUUGGUACAAAAAUGCGCAACGUUCUUUGUAAAUGAAACUAAGGAGUACUUAUACGGAACAUUGCUCGUGGACGUGGGAUAUCCGAAGUCCGGAGACAUUCCCCUGCUUAAUAGGAAGGUGUUUAAAGGCACGCGUGUGUCCAUACGAGAACAUCCAUACGUCGCGAGCGUUCGGCGACAGUACAGCCACUACUGCACUGCCUCCAUCCUCACCAAGAACUUGCUGGUAACCGUCGCACAUCCCUUGGCUGGUGUACCAGUAAGCGAGCUAGGCGCAGUGGUGGGUGAGAACUACUCGGACCGCGGCAGCCUCGUGCACACCGUGGUGCUGCUUCUCAUUCACGAGGAGUUCGACCCCUAUACCCUCGCCUCGGACAUAGCGCUGUUGAGAGUCUACGAAGACAUUACUUAUAGGGGUUCCGUGAAGCCUAUCGAAUUGAUCGCCCCAUCAGCCUCAUUGUCUGAGAGCCGGGCCUUCGUCACUGGAUGGGGUCGCUGUGAUAGCAUGUCCCGAGAGCUCUGCCUCCCUCGCACGUCGAAGUACUUCCCUGAAGAAAAAAUAGAUCCGAUGCUUCGAAGUAUCAACUUCAAAGUUGAUUUGCCAAGUCUGUACUGCGAAGGAUAUUUGAGGCAUGAGAUCAUAAUGAGACCAGGGAUGCUGUGCGUCGGUCAAGCGCGGGAAGAGGAUCCAGUGUGCCCGUGCCUGGCGGUUCCCGGUGCUCCCCUGGUGGUGAGGGCUCGGCUUGUCGGGCUCCAGUCCUGGGGCUUCGGUUGCGGGUACCACCACGACCUUCCGCUUGUCUACACCGAUCUACGAUAUUAUCAACCAUGGUUAGUUCACAACAUUCCAAUUCUGAGAAAAAUAGCUCAAUCCAAUUUAACAAGAAUAUUUCGGGCGACGCGCGGCUACAUACUUUCACAGUGGCUUGCCGAGACCAGAUUAAUUAGGCCCGAAUUGGAGAUACGUGUGGACAAAGAUAUAGUUCCGACAAAACUGGACAAGGUCUUGGCAAAGUUGAGAGGAGAUGUGUACGAUAUCAGGGAUUAUAUAAGUAACGGCGUUUUCCGCAAACGCAAGAAGGAGAUGUACGAUACAAUGAGACAGCAUGCGCACGCCGUUAGCAGUAUAACCGAGAGUCAGCUAGAAUUACGCCCCUUCCUUAGUUAUAAUGUUUAUGGUUUUAAUGUCACUCAAACUGGAGUUAACGCCACUGAAGAUGCUAAAAACCGAAGCUGA